AUGAUUGAUUGUUAGCAAAUGACAUCAAUAAAUCGAAUCCUGUUAUUUUGACAUUGAGAAAAGUUACUAAUAUAAAAGAAGAAAAGAAAUAUAGAAAAGCCAAUCUUGAAAAGUUAACUGUAGUAUUUACAAGAAGUAGAAACUGCAAAGAAGAUGUGGAUCUUAUUUUAUGUAACUUGUUUACAAUUCGUUGUGGUGCAUACUGCUACGCUUUCACAUAAAAGCCUUGCUGACGGUGUUACAAAAGGCUGCAGAGGUGCUGAUAACAAUCCUAAUGGAUACCCUGGUCAAAUCCCGACAAACACAAUAACAGGUUCCUGUAGAAAAUCUGAUCAAUAUGGCGGAUAUUAUUUUUUGAUCACAUGGGGUCAACCAAUUGAUGCAAAAACUAAACCAGCCAGCGGUUAUCAAGUAUCAUUUGAUUAUGGUUCGUCCUCCUUUAUCUGUUUCCAAGUGAAAAACAACACAAAUCAGUUUAUUUUUACAAAGAAGAGAGGUUUCGUGGAAGGUCAAAUUUAUGAUUUAGCGAUUAUUCCUCGUCCCACACCAUACGCGCUUUCAACAAAGAUGGUCCGCAUCGGUAAAUGCCCAGCAGAUCCAACAUACCCUACUCUUAAGACACGAAAAGAAGUACGCACAACAUCUACUGUGAAACCCAAGGUUUAUGGAAGAAAAACGAAAAAAGCACGAGUUUGUGGUUAACUUGGUCUUGUAAUACAGACAUGCAAUGACCUUUUUAUAACCAUUGUCACUGACAAAUAAAGAAGAAAAGAACAAUUUAGUCUAUUUGCAAAACACAUCUUAAUUUCGUACGGGUUCCUCGUAGGUGUUGCUAACACUAUAUGAUCUUUAUUCUCGGUAAACUUGUAGACUGGAUACAAAAAUAUCUGCAAAAUAUGUUUUUUAUUCUCUCUAACCAUAUCUUUAUCGCUUAAAAUCCCCGUAUGUAUGGAAUAGUCAACCCGUGGAAAAAUCCACAGGGUCAUGAAAUGAACUUUCCCCUAAAAUCUCUUUCUAAUUAGCGG